GCGCGCCUUCCUUCCUUUUGUUCUUUCUUUCGGAAGACUCGAUCGGCAACGCGCCAUGCUGUCGGCGUCGGAUCCGUACUACGUGGCGAAGGAGGAGGUGGCCAAGGCCAUGGACAAGCUCCGAGGCCUGCACCAGGACUGGAAGCGGCUACUGCACACGGAGGAUACCGCCCGGUCACAGCGGUUCCAGCGGACGCAUGAGGAGCUCACAGGCGAGCUGGAGCAGCUGGGCCUGGACCUGGAUGACAUCCAUGCCACCAUCGGCAUGGUGGAGGGCAACCGCGGCACCUUCCAGCUCACAGACGCGGAGCUGCAGAGCCGGAAGCGCUUCGUGGCGGAGUCCAGGAGGACCUUGGAGGAGUUCCAAAAGGACGUCCGCGGGCCACAGACACGGGCAAAGCUUGAGAGCGACAAGAAGGCCAUGCUGUCGUUCGCGGCCUCCAACGCGCGGUCUCGAGAAGAACGGCAAAAGAGUGCGGUGCAGGACAACCAAGCCUUCUUGGAUCGGCAGCGGCAGCAGCAGACCCAGCUGAGAGCAGAACAAGACCAGGACUUGGAGAUGCUCUCGAUGAGCGCGCAGCGUCUGGGCAACACGGCGCAGAUCAUCAAUGUGGAGCUGAAGGAGCAGCAGAAAAUGCUGGAAGAGUUAGACGAGGACAUCGACAGAGAAGCUGAGAAGCUCAACUUUGUCAUGAAGCGCAUGGGCAAACUGCUGAAGACCAGCGACAGCAAGCAGCUGUGCCUCAUCAUCGGCCUGACGGCCUUGAUGGCGUUUCUGAUCUUCCUGGUCAUCAACACAUGAGCUUUGCGCUUUGCGCUUUGCGCUUUGCGCUUUGCGCUUUGCUUCCCCUGUGCGAGUCCGGCGCUGGCUGCACCCGCCAGCCAAGUACAGCCGCUGGCCACGGUUCACGCCGACAAAAUGGUUUGCCAACUGAGAC